CACCUGCCUGGAGGAGCCAUGGGCAGCACAUCUCAUCCUGUGGCCUUGAUUAUGGGCUUUAUGGUACAGAAUGAACAAUGCUCUGAAUUACUUGUUAGCAUUUGUUUCAUUAAUGGGCUUCGUGCAUCAUCAGGGAACCAGCAAACAAACAAGAGUAUCGAUUCCAAGAACGGGUGAAAGAUUUUUAUAUUUAGUUUGGAAAGGGAAGUUGAAAUAAGGUUGCUGGAUAUAGACUGAGCUGCACACGCAGACACACAGAGAUGUGCAAACAUGCAGAUACAAGGAGCCCACACAUCCAGAUUCCGUACACAUACAGGUUAAUACAUACACAUGCACAGACCCACCUGGGACCACACAGAAACACAGUCACAAACACAGAGAGACACAGGACAUGCAUGCAACUACUAUCCUCAGACACAUAGACACACAUGGGGACUCUCCACGGGCCCCAGGUACGUGUAGAUCCUUGGGAUACCUGCUUCUGAUUACUUUUCUAGCUCGAGGCACCAAUGUGGGCCAGGAGUGCUGCCUGGAUUACUUCAAAGGAGCUGUUCCUAUCAGGAAGCUGGUGACAUGGUACAGGACCUCAGCAGAGUGCCGCAGGAAUGCCAUUGUGUUUGUGACCAUCCAGGGUAGGUCCAUCUGUUUGGACCCGAAUAGCAAGCAUGUGAAGAGGGCCAUCAGGUACCUGGAAAGCCGAAAAGAGUAACUGUCACCCAGCAAUCGUGAUUUUCUCCCUGGACCAUUUGGAGAUUCCAAUAUUGGUGUCCAUGACCCCAGUCCCAAGCUGCCUGGACCAGUUGAGGCCUCAAGAACACAAGAGACACCACAGUGAGGGAGACCCUGUCUCUUAUGAACUGAAGCCACAGGCACAAGAGCCCUGAUUAAAGUCCUUCUCCCU